UCGAGGUGUCUUUGACGUUUUGUAGUAUUGUUGUUGUACCACUGCCAAAACACUAGGAGGCGCCAAACACAGGCGCUGGUCUCCGCUCAACACCAUCAUAAAGUCAGAAGAAGAUUAUAGGAAGAGAUGGGCGAGGAAGAAUGAAAUAAACAGCACAAUAAAAAGUAUUAAUCAUAAAAUAAUGCAGCGCUAAUUGGGACAGUUGUCAAAAACGUAAACACUUCCCAUCGUUUCAUCAGGAGAGGAGGACAUGGCGUUUGUCACAGCGAACUGGAACCCUCUGGGCGAUGCUUUUUACAGAAAGAUCGAAUUGUAUGAGAUGGGCUGGAAUCUGAAAGAUGGUCUGAGAGAUUGUCUGGUUGCUGCAGCUCCAUAUGGGGGUCCCAUCGCUCUCCUAAAGGCACAUAACCGACGCUCUCCCAGUGCCAGACCUCAGUUAGAGAUCUUCUCUUCCUCAGGACUGCCUCUGGCCAGCUUUCCAUGGAAGAGUGGAGUGGUGAAGCAACUGGGUUGGACGGUGUCUGAUGACCUACUGUGUGUUCAGGAGGAUGGCACUGUGCUUGUCUACGAUCUCUUGGGUGGCUUCAAGAGACACUUCAGCAUGGGCAAUGAAGUUUCUCAAAGUCAGGUGCUGGAGACCAAGAUAUUCCAUUCGCCGUAUGGGACAGGUGUUGCCAUAUUGACAGGUGCCUUGCGAUUCACUUUGGCCACAAACAUUGAUGACAUAAAAUUGAGGCGGUUACCUGAGGUUCCAGAUCUACAGGGGGCGCCCUCAUGCUGGGCAGUCCUGACUCAGGACAGGCAAAGUAAAGUGCUGGUGGCCAAUGGAUCUCAUCUGUUCGUCUUAGACAAUACAGCUUGCACACCUGUGACUCCCCCAGGCCUCUCUCCACAAGCGUCCAGUAUAGUUCACAUGUGUGUCUCAUUCAGUUAUAAGUAUCUGGCGCUCCUCACUGACUCUGGCCAUGUGUGGAUGGGCACGUCAAACCUAAAGGAGAAACUCAGUGAGGUGGACACCAAAAUCAAAGCUCCCCCGAAACAGAUGGCCUGGUGUCGCAGGCCCAAGAGUCAGCAGCCAUCGGCUGUGGUAAUGUGGGAUGGGCUCCUCCUAGUGGUGGGAGAGUGUAAAGAAACAAUUCAGUACCAUCUGGACGAUGACUCAAUUCUGGUGCCAGAACUGGACGGGGUCCGGAUCAUCAGUGGAACACACCAUGAGCUGCUGCAAGAGGUCCCAGGUGCAUGCGAGGAGAUCUUUAAAAUUGCCUCAAUGGCUCCUGGAGCACUACUGCUAGAGGCACAUAAAGAAUAUGAGAAAGAGAGUCAGAAGGCAGAUGAGUAUCUGAGAGAAAUUAAAGAGCAGAGUCUACUGAGCGAGGCUGUGAGGCAGUGUGUGGAGGCCGCCGGACAUGAACAUGAACCUGAGACACAGAAAACACUCUUGAGGGCAGCCUCAUUUGGGAAGUGCUUUUUGAGUAAUUUUCCUCCAGAGCAGUUUGUCAGCAUGUGUAGAGACCUGCGGGUGUUGAAUGCAGUCCGAGACUAUACCGUCGGCAUUCCACUUUCCCUCACUCAGUUCAAACAGAUGACCAUACAAGUGCUCAUCGACAGACUGGUGUAUCGUAAACUCUAUCCACUGGCUAUUGAGGUUUGCUGCUAUUUAAAGACUCCAGAAUAUCAGGGAGUGAGCCGAGUACUCAAACACUGGGCCUGCUACAAGGUCCAGCAGAAAGAAGAAUCGGAUGAAGUCAUAGCAAAAGCUGUUAGUGUGAAGCUUGCUGACGCUGCUGGAAUCUCCUAUUCUGAAAUCGCCACUAAAGCAUAUGAGAGUGGACGCACAGAGCUCGCCAUUAAGUUGUUGGAGUUUGAGCCUCGCUCUGGUGAGCAGGUCCCACUGCUGUUAAAAAUGAAGAAAAGCCCUCUGGCUUUAAGUAAAGCCAUUGAGAGUGGAGACACAGACCUCGUGUACACGGUGGUCAUGUACCUGAAGAAUGAGCUGAACAGAGGAGACUUCUUCAUGAUGUUGAGGAACCAACCUGUGGCUCUGAGCCUCUACAAACAGUUCUGUAAGCAUCAGGAGCAGGAUACACUAAAAGAUCUUUUCAAUCAAGAUGAUGAUCAUGAAGAACUUGGCAAUUUCUAUGUAAAGGCCAGCUAUAAAGAGCAGAGACUGGAAGCUCGGAUUGCUCAUUUACAAAGUGCUGUGGACGAGUACUACAAAGCCAAGAAAGAAUUUUCUGCCAAGACAACAGAAGAUGAAAUGCGUCUGCUGCGGUUUCAGAGGAAGCUAGAGGAAGAGAAGGGUGAGCAGCUCGUGGGAUUCUCUCUUCAUGACACUAUGACCACGCUGCUGUCUGUGGGGCUGCACAAACACGUCGAGCAACUUUACAAAGACUUCAGAGUGCCCGACAAGAGUGUCGAGAAUCACCAGAACAUUCUCUGAGCUUCAGUGGUGACUCUGAGCUAAUAAACCAGAGUGUGGCAAAGUGCUUUAUCCUGCUGAAAGAGGCCACUGCCAUCAAGGAACACCAUUGCCUUGAAGGGUUGUAUGUGAUCUGCAACAAUCUUUAAGUAGGUGGUAAGUAUCCAAGUAAUGUCCACAUGAAUGCAGGACUCAAGGCCUUCUUCCCAUAGUACAUCCUGCUGCCAUCUCUUCCCCAGGUAAAAGACACGUGCGCACGUGGCCGUCCAACUGAUCUUAAAGAAAAUGUGAUUCAUCAGACCAGGCAAACUUCUUUCAUUGCUCCAUGGUCCAGUUCUGAAAUUCACAUGCCCACUGUAGGUGCAGAUUACAGGGGGGUAAAAUGACUUUAGAAAGAUGGCAGCAUCAAUAAUAUAUUAAUACUUCCUGAGUUAGAGGCACUCAAACUUUGGAAAAAGAAUAUUUAUGGCACUCAGACAGGUAUGUUCUACGCAAUUAUUUUGAUAUAGGGAAACAAGAUACAUUAUUUUAGUUUCAACGUCACACCUUCCUCUUUAAAAGAAAAAAAGAAUCAGCUGAAUGCAAAGUGAUUCAAAAAGUGGUUUUUGACCACUGAAAAUGUGUACAAUUCAACAAUUUACUCCUGGAGCCAUAUUGAGAUUCCAAUAUUGCUGGAAUGGAACCAUAUAGAGCCUUAAAAAUUAAGAUACCAAAAGGAAAGUGUGUUAACACCCAAAAUCUAAAAUGUAUAAUGGCAACAAAGAUUGCUAAAGUCAACAGAUUUUACUAAUAGACCUAUCAAUCUCUGUGUGAAAA